AUGGGGAAAAAUAACCAACAAUCGGCGAGAGAGACAAAGCGAGAAGCUGAAGAUAGAAUCAAAGAGAUAAAAAAUGGUUUAUUCGCUUCUUGUUCAUUCACUUCCCUUGGUCUAGAUCCCAAGCUCUCUGACCAGCUCAAAGAAAGGAUGGGUUUUGAAGCUCCUACGCUUGUACAAGCUCAAUCUAUACCUGUUAUUCUCUCUGGUCGAGAUGUACUUGUCAAUGCUGCUACUGGAACUGGGAAAACUAUUGCGUAUUUGGCACCACUUAUUCAUCACUUGCAGGGUUAUUCUCCCAAGGUUGAUCGUUCUCAUGGAACUUAUGCUUUGGUGAUUGUGCCAACACGAGAACUGUGCCUUCAAGUGUAUGAAACCUUGGAGAAGCUGCUGCAUCGGUUCCAUUGGAUUGUCCCUGGUUAUGUCAUGGGAGGCGAGAAAAAGGCUAAAGAAAAGGCUCGGCUAAGGAAAGGGAUAUCCAUUCUAAUUGCAACCCCGGGACGCCUUCUUGACCAUUUGAAGAACACAGCUUCCUUCGUCCACAAAAAUCUGCGUUGGGUUAUCUUCGACGAAGCUGAUUGCAUUCUCGAAUUAGGUUAUGGGAAGGAGAUAGAACAGAUAAUUGAGCUUCUAGGCUCUGGACAAGGGGAAAAAGAUGAUAGUGUUCCAAAGGGAGUUCAGAAGCAGAACUUGUUAUUGUCUGCAACAUUGAAUGAUAAAGUUAAUCACCUUGCAAAACUUAGUUUGGACGAUCCGGUAAUGAUUGGUCUUGACAAUAGCAAAGUGCAACCAAAUCUAUCAUUAGAGGCUCCUGACUCUGAUACGGAUGAUUUGGUAAUUCAUGUAAACAAAUCUGCAAACCCUUUAUCUGAGGACUAUGGAAUACCAUCACAGCUAGUGCAGAAAUAUGUUAAAGUGCCAUGUGGUGCACGGCUUGUUGCACUUCUUUCUGUUCUCAAGAACCUCUUUGAGAGAGAAGCUUCUCAAAAGGUGGUCGUAUUCUUUUCGACACGUGCUGCUGUAGAUUUUCAUUACUCACUUCUGAGUGAAUUCCAGUGGCCACCAAAAUCUGAGACGCAAGAAGAGGAGGAGACGACGAAACAGUUGUUUCUUAAUUGCAAAACGUUUCGGUUACAUGGAAGUAUGGAGCAGGAUGAUAGAAAAUCUGCAUUUGGGACCUUUAAAGCAGAGAAACAAGCCCUUCUCUUGAGUACAGAUGUUGCUGCUAGAGGCUUGGAUUUCCCAAAAGUAAGAUGUAUUAUACAAUAUGACUGUCCCGGGGAAGCUACUGAGUAUGUGCAUAGAGUUGGUAGAACAGCUCGUAUUGGUGAAAAAGGAGAAGCCUUGUUAUUUCUACAGCCAGUUGAAAUAGACUAUCUUAAGGACCUUAAGAAACAUGGUGCAACACUUACAGAGUACCCUCUUCUUAAAGUGCUUGAUAAAUUUCCGCUACCCGCCAAUAUGCCACGCAUCAAAAAGGUCAUAUCUCUAGAAUCGCAUCCGUGGGUCAUAACUCUGCAGAGAGCUCUUGAAUCCUUCACUUACGCCGAGCCGACGAUGAAGAACCUAGCGAAGAAUGCAUUCGUCUCUUGGGUUCGGGGAUAUGCAGCUCACAAGGGAGAGCUCAAGAGCAUUUUUGUAGUGAAGAAACUUCACUUGGGACAUGUCGCCAAGAGCUUUGCUCUGAGAGAGCAACCGUCUUUAGUAGGGAAAUCACAUCAGAAGGAAACAAUGAAGAGAAAGAGAGACGAACGUUCAAAAGGGCUACAAUCAAAGAAGACAAAGAAGAUGAAUAGCAACAGAAAUGUACAAAAAACUUGA